AGGCCUCCUAUGUUCACAGAACAGCAAGAGAGGGAGAUAGUAAACAUGGUUUUGGCCAACAAUGCUAUAACACUCAAGCAGCUCCAAGCUAACAUUGUCAAUAACCACGCCAUUUUCAAUGAUAUCCAUCAGGUCUCAACAUCAACACUGGCACGCAUCCUAAAAAAGAAACAUAUUCAAAUGAAGCAAAUUUAUCGAGUGCCUUUCGAGCGCAAUUCCGAAAGGGUAAAACGACUGCGGCAUGAUUAUGCAGAGAGAGUUUUACGAAUGGAUGGAGAGGAGAUCCAGCAUGAGUUCAUUUACGUAGAUGAGGCUGGGUUCAACCUGACGAGAACACGAAGGAGGGGAAGAAACAUCAUUGGCCACAGGGCUAUAGUCAAUGUCCCAGGGCAACGUGGGGGUAAUAUAACACUCUGUGCAGCCAUUACACAGAAUGGGGUCCUCCACCGCCAUGCCCAUAUGGGCGCUUACAACACAGCACUCAUACUUACAUUCUUGGACCAAUUGCGCAACAUAACAGCAGCAAAUCAAAUAAAUCAUAUGCAAUACAUUGUUGUCUGGGACAAUGUGUCUUUCCAUCGCUCUGCUCUGGUUCAGAACUGGUUUCAGCAACAUCCACAUUUCACCGUCUUAUAUCUUCCACCAUACUCUCCAUUCCUCAACCCUAUAGAAGAGUUUUUCUCGGCAUGGCGGUGGAAGGUAUAUGAUCUCCGUCUCCAGGCUGAGGUACCCCUCAUCCAAGCCAUGGAGGAGGCCUGUGACCAGAUGGAGGUAGCAGCAAUGCAAGGAUGGAUUCGUCAUUCAAGACGUUUCUUUCCAAGGUGUCUUGCUAAUGACAACAUUGCCUGCGAUGUUGAUGAAAUUCUCUGGCCAGAUCCAGCUAGGCGAAGAGACAAUGUCUAGUUGUUGUUUUUUAACUUACAAUAC